AUGUCAUAUCCAAGUGGUCAGAUUUAUACUGUUUAUAAUCCAACGUCUUCUAGUCCAGUGUCUUCUAAUAUCAUAACGGCACAAACAUCACCAACAGUGAUGUCUCAACAACAAACGGGUCAUCUUUCAUUUAUUCAAACACCCGCCACGCAUUAUUAUCAACCGUCAUCACAAACAUAUCUCUCUCAACAACCAACAAAUAGUAAUCUCUUAGCAAAUACACUACAACAACAACCUCAACAAAGACUAUGUCGUCCAUUAUCUUCGCCGGGUUUUCAAAUAAUUAAUAGUUCUGCAUCGUCUACUCUUCCAAUGUUUUCAAACAUUAAUAUUAUUCCGAAUUCAACAAUAAACAAUCAGCCGUGGCGUGUGUCAAAUCCACAAAUAGUAACAAAAAGUCAAUUAUCAUCAACAACACCGGUAUCUACGAUACAACCUCAAAAUAAAAUUGUUUACAUUAAUACAUUACCAUCAUCGCAAUCGUCAAACAAUAUACACAUGACGAAUAUUUUACAACCAUGUAAAAUCAUUUCGUCGCCGUCUAUUCAAACCGUUUCAACUGUUAAAACAUCCAUAUCUCCUCCUAUAACAUCAAUAAUGCGACAUACAUCCGCUCCAUUGUUAUCUUCAUUAAACAACGUUAACAUUCUAAAUCAGACUGAUAGUAGUAUAUCACAACAGUUAACACCUAGGGGUAUAGGAGUGACGAGUCCGUUAGUACUUUCCACUAUAUCGCCGUCGUUUUCAUCAUCAAAAGUAGGACAUUGUAUAACACCAACGCCUAUCGUUACUGGAAAUGUGGGAGCGUUAACAAUUCAGCAGCAGACACUUUAUUCUAUGCAACAGCAACAAAACAAUUUGCAAAAGCUUAAUUCAGUAAAUAACUUCGAACAUGUAAUGCAUAACAAAUCAGUAAACAAUGAAAUACAAAUUGAUAAGGAAGAUGUGGAAGAGGAAAAUAGUGAUGAUGAAAGCGAUCUUGAAGAAGACAUUGAUGAUGAAGAAAUGAAAGAAGCAACGUCACAUCAACACCAGACAGACACACAAAAUCAGCUAUUUGUACAUUCAACGGUCGAUUCAAAUGAUGAUGUUUUCUCGCCACAACAAGAUCAAGAAAUAGAAUUAAAUAUUAAUAAUGUUGUUUGUUCAUUUUCACUUGGUUGCAAAAUACAACUUCGAAAAGUGGCUAUGGAAGGAGCACAUGUCGAAUAUAAACGUGACAAUGCGAUGGUUAUGAUGAAAAUACGAAAUCCAUAUUGUUCAGCGAAUAUAUGGGCAUCGGGCAAAGUGACAGUGACAGGCGCUACAAGUGAAGAUGAUGCUUUACGCGGUUCCAGACGAGUAGCACGAAGAAUACAACAACUGGGUUUCAAAGCAAAAUUUUGCAAUUAUCGUGUUGUUAAUGUACUCGCAACAUGUUUAAUGCCAUUCAAUAUUGAUAUAACAAAAUUAAGUCAUGAUAAUUCAUAUUGUGUCAGUUAUGAACCGGAAAUUUAUCCCGGCGCAACAGUCAGAUUAAAAGAAUUUAGUUCAACAAUGAAAGUGUUCACAACUGGUAGUAUUACACUAACAGCUCCAUCGGUUGAGAACGUUAAUCUUGCUUUAAAUGCAUUUUAUCCACGUUUAUAUGAAUGUCAAAAAGGAUCAAACGCAUCAAAACAAGCUGAGCGUCGAAACCAACAUCGUUGA